AUGGUCUCGCCCAGCUCACCGCCUUACCUCCCCUCCCCAACCUCGCCUCAACGUCCGCUCGACCCACACCGCAUCCCCCGCGCCAAAGCCACAGAGCAACUCGAACAAGCCGUCCCAUCCGUGCUCGACAGCGCAGCCGCCAUCCUCGCCACCCUCGACAUCGACCCCGCCGCCCCCUCAACCUCAACCUCACCCGACGCCCCGCCCGUAGAGAAGACGAGCCUGGACCAGGUAGCGGUCGUCGCACCCGCCUCAUCAACCAUUUUCGAGAGUUUGGGAGGGCGGACAAGCGGGUUUGCGAGCCCGCUGAGCUUUAGGAGUCGGAGUCCGUCGCCGUUGGGGAAUAGGGGAGCUCCUGCGCCACCGCGCCAGACAGAUUUGUUGUUGGGCAUCCCAUCGCCUGUGGCGAGCGUCGUCUCCCCACAUACGGUCUCUUCCUCUGUGAUCUCUAGCCCCUCACCCUCGACGUCGACGUCCCCGCCUGUGCGGACGGUUCCUCUAUCCUCGUCGCCGCCGAUUGCACCCCAGAUCGCUGCGUCGAUCAGUAAAGAUUCGACGUACUCGACUGCGCCAUCGCUCGUUACACCCACUUCGACGUCGUUCGAACCACCAAACGACGAUGCGGUUUCUGUUUCGUCGGAAGCGCCAGCACCCACAACCCUCCCCCUCGCCGCCCUCACAACCUCCACCACCACCUCCUUACCCUCACCACCAGCGACAUCCCCUCAAUCUACGACCUCACCCUCGAACCUCACACCUUCCCACCCGCCCUCACCACACCACGUCCCCAAGAAACGCCUCUCAUUCAUGUCCUACUCCGACUUGCUCUCCAGCACACCAGCCUCGACCCUCCCGCUCUCCUCGCUCACAAAAGAAGCCAACGCUUCCGAUCCGCCACCGCACAUACCCAGUGUGUCGGGACUGAACCUCGUUUCCGCCGCAGCGAGUGUAGCGAGCGGGAGUGUGUACGGCGGGGGGUCCACCACCGCCUCUCUACGUGGCUUUAGUAUGGGGUUGGGACCGACGGGUGGCUUGACGCACCCAGGAAAACGGGAUUCCAUCGCGUUGUUGGAUAAUGUGGGAGGCGAAUGGGAGAGGGAGGGGAUGGGUAUGGGGUUGGAGGAGCGGUUGGAUAGGCUGGACGUUGGUGGGAGUUCGUAUGCGGGCAGUCCGGUUGGUGGCGGUGUGGGUGUUGUGUCGUUGCCUGCUGUCCAGGGCGCUGUGGCCGCUGCUGGGAGGGUGUAG